ACCUUCCGUCGGAUUGUUAAUCCGGACGGAACGGAAAGGAACCGUUGACGCAGAUGCACAAAGAUCGUCUGAGUGAUUUGGGUCUCUUGGAAACAACUAUCGUGAAAUAUUUUAUGUGACUUCGGUCGAGCGACGAACAUAAUUUCCUUUUACUGUAAUGUGACUGCAGUAAAUCCACAGGAUGGACGGGGGUAUUUCGGACUUACCUGGUUCCUCCGUUCCUCUCUCUGCUUUGCGCCUCUUGGUCCCACCGAUUCGGUUGAUCUCUGCGGCAAUCUGGCAGACGGUGGAGCAGAAAAUUGUGUCAGAUUAUGGGCUGCUUGAAGAAUUUGUAUUUAUGGUUACGGAGAUUGUGCCACAGCUUCUCUCUGCGAGGCAGCGGGCCGAACUCAUUUUGGGUCUCAGAGCACGGCUGAUCCUGGAGAUGUGUCGCUCUGAAGAGACUGCUGACCUCCACAUUAUUCAGCCACAUCUUGACCGAAUGCAGAGUCUUAGAUCUCUGUGGAACAUGGAGACUGAUAAUACAGAACAAGGAGCAUCGGACUCACAUUUCAUGGGCCUUGUCCAAAAUCUGCUGCGAGAUCCUGAAGAGAGAAAUAAUUUUUUCCAGGAUGUUUUCCCAGGAGACUUUGGCCCCACAUAUGACAAAGCAAUCCAGACACUGAUGUGGUUGUUUCUGUCCAGACUUGAGAAGCUUCUUCCUACCCAAACUCUCCAACAGAUUGCAUCUCUGCUCGGCGACGCCUCGUCUGUUCUCAAUGAAUGCAUGGAGACUUUCUCUCAACCUCAGGAUCUCAAAACUGUGCUAGGAGCUCAGAAAGAUCUCAGCCAGUUAGAGGACAUAGAAUCUUACAUUGUUGACAGUGGCAUCUUGUCAGCUCUGUGUCUCCCUCCUGUGGAAAGAGUUGUGAUUGUCAAUGAGCAAGCAGAAACGGAUGCCGAGAGCGGACUCGUGUACACCGUCUGCACAGAGAUGGAGGUGGAAUCUGAGAACAAAGAGGCGUAUGUGGAGGCAAGUGGGACCUCCGAAGCAUGUGUGCAAAGCCAGUGGUUUGGUGUCGGCAGUGAGGUGAAAGCAGAAAUGGACAAUGUGAUGGUUAGAGAUCCUGUUGAAGGCACCGAGGCCUGUGAGAGUGAAAUCGCAGACGACCACCAUGACAGCCAGUCGGGAACACUGAUCAUCGGGGAGGACGGCCAGGUGUCGGUGCUUGGCGUGGAGAAGAAGCCAAACAGGCGUGGAAGGAAAAAGAAACGUCCUGCAGAUGAAGACUUUGAAUUGCAAAGCAGACCGAGGGGCAAACAAGAAGAUCCAGAUUAUGUUGUGUGGGAAAGGCCAGUACGAAAGAACCGUGGGCUCAAGAUGAAACGGUAUCUGUCGCAGUGGAGGAAAUCUGGAAAGACACAGAGCAGUAAUACUGCUAACAGUGGCCCGAAAAAGUUUGCCGGAUCCCAGGGUUCAAGCAAAAGCAAUGACUUGGAUGAGAGAACAUGCAAAGUGUGUGGCAAGGUGGUGAGUCGUGCCAAGUUCUUAGAACGUCACAUGAAUCGACACUCAGAGGAGAUGCCCUAUUCUUGUCCUGCGUGUAAAAGGUUUUAUAAGAGCUUGCGUUACUUGCAACAACACAGAUGUCCAAAUCUAACAAAAGCAAAACCUGGCAGGAAAGCAAAGGAACCAGAGACCGCCACUGAUGAGGGCGAACAAUCAUCCAGCGGGGUUCCUUGCGAAGCUACCAGUGAAGAGCAGCCAUCGGACAACACCGGCGAGGACCUCGAUUACUUGCCCACUGCAGACCAAUCUUCCAAAGAAUCCGGACAGAAAAGCCCAGAAGGAAACAAAAGUGUGAUAGAAGGCCCAUUCUACUGUCCUCACUGCAGUGUUGAGUUUAAGUGCAAACAAACUUUUAGGUUCCAUUUGAGAAACAUUUGCUACAAUGAGCAACAGGUGGAUCCUGAGAAACCUGAAGAUGUUAAACACUGUUUCAGGUGUGAUGAAUGUGACAAGGCAUUCAGGUACAAAUCAACAUUGGAUUCCCACAAACAAACUCACAACCCCCUCUACUGCGAGGUGUGUAUGAAACUGGUGCGUGACUCAGAGGCACUAGCGAUGCACAAAGAAUCCCACACUCCAUUUCAGUGCAACCAGUGUGAGGCAAAUUUCCCCGUCUUUAAGGCCCUUCAUAAGCACUACAUCGACGUUCACAAUCCCACCGAGCCUUUUACCUGCACCCACUGUCAGACAACCUUUGCCAGUUUGAAGCGUUUCAUCAGACAUGAGUGGAAACACACCGGUUACCAACCAUUUCAGUGCACUAAUUGCAGUAAAAGAUUCCGAUCGUACUCUGACCUGGUGGAGCACCAGAAGAAACACACUAAAGCAUAUCCAUUCCUCUGCUGGGAAUGUGGCAAGAAAUUCAGGCAUGGCGUUACAUUGACAAGGCACGUGGAGCGUGUGCAUCACGCUGGCGAACCUGUGACCGAGAAACCCUUGCCAACCUUCACCUGCGCUCAGUGCGGCAAGUCCUUCACUUCCAGAAGAUGCCUUUUAAAACAUGACAAUUUCCAUCACAAAGGACUGCGCUUUCCAUGUGAGCACUGUGGAAAAGGAUUCUUUGGAAAGGAUGCUUUGGUGAGGCAUACUUUGAUUCACACGGGCGAAAGGCCUUUCAAGUGCGAAGACUGUGAAAAGUCUUUUAGAUCCGCUGCAGAAUUAAAGAUACACAGGAGAUACCAUACUGGGGAAAGACCAUUUAAGUGCAGCAUCUGUCAGAAAGGUUUUGUCCAGUCCUGCUUCCUUACCCUACACAUGCGCACCCAUACAGGAGAGAGACCGUACGUUUGUGCAGUAUGUAACAAGGGAUUUUCAAGCUUGCAUGGCCUGAAAAGACAUAAGAGACUUGUUCAUGCAUAAUUUUAACAUUGCUAAUUCCAAUGGGGGAUGUUCUGUUUCCCAGCUGAAGGUCAGAGGUCAGCUUCAGCUUUAGACCUGAACUUGAGGAAUCUGAUUUGACCUUACUCAAGGACACUUCAGUGCUGUCAUCGUUGAAGGACAUUUUUCUUAAAUGUUAGCCACAUUGUUAUUUCUGUGGCUGUCACAGCUUGGAUUGUUAAGAUCUGUUUAAAUGUAUAGUGCAUUAUAAAAUGUAAUGUAAUUUUUUACAGAAAUGUUUGCUGUAGUUCUACAUAAGAUUUGUAUGUAUAAGUGAUAUAAACCUUGGUUCCUAGGGGAAUUUAUUUCUUUUUCUUGAAUAAAUUGAACAUUUGA